GUGGUGAUCAUGACGUAAUGACGUUAAUCCGGAAGCGGAAAAGAACACGUGUGGUUGCAGAGAGGAGCAGAGAGAACGCCACACACGCUUGUUCAAAGGCCACAAAACUCGUCCCGUUUAUUUUCAGGGUCAGCGGUGAAACCUCAUCUCUGUCGUCAUGGCCGUCAGAGCAUCGUUCGAGAAAAACAACGAGAUCGGCUGCUUCGCCAAACUUACCAACACCUACUGUCUGGUGGCGAUCGGAGGCUCGGAGAACUUCUACAGUGUGUUUGAAAGUGAGCUGUCAGAAACCAUCCCCGUGGUUCACGCCUCCAUCGCAGGCUGUCGCAUCAUCGGGAGGAUGUGUGUGGGAAACCGUCACGGUCUUCUGGUUCCCAACAACACGACGGACCAGGAGCUGCAGCACAUCAGGAACAGUCUGCCCGACACUGUGAGGCUGCAGAGAGUCGAGGAGAGGCUGUCGGCGCUCGGCAACGUCGUCGCCUGCAACGACUACGUGGCGCUGGUGCAUCCUGACCUCGACAGGGAGACAGAGGAGAUCCUGGCCGACACACUGAAGGUGGAGGUUUUCCGUCAGACGAUUGCUGAGCAGGUUCUCGUGGGUUCUUACUGUGCGUUCAGUAACCAGGGCGGUCUGGUCCACCCCAAGACCUCCAUCGAAGACCAGGACGAACUGUCCUCUCUGCUCCAGGUCCCACUGGUGGCCGGCACUGUGAACCGGGGCAGUGAGGUGAUCGCGGCAGGGAUGGUGGUCAACGACUGGUGCGCGUUCUGCGGUUUGGACACAACGAGCACGGAGCUGUCGGUGAUCGAAAGCGUGCUAAGACUGAGCGACACCGCACAGCCGUCCAACAUCGCCUCUAACAUGAGGGACUCACUCAUCGACAGUAUGGCGUAAAAAAAACAGGCUUCUGUGGAGGAAGAAAUUUCUGCUGCAUUUUCUCGUGGUCUCGCACAGCUGGACCUCAUCUCUCCGCCUCAUCACAGAAGCUCCACCUCCCACCUGCUGCUGUGUGACCAGUCCUCACUCUCACACACACACACACAUACGGUUUUGUCAUUUCAAAAAUCACUUGUGAAACGUCAGUAGAUGAUUGGUCGUCCUUUUAAAAAAAUUACAAAAUUUCAAAAUGAAACAUUUACAUUUUUUAACCUCAAAGUUCGAAAUAAUUAAAAGAAAUAAAAGAAAAAGCGUGUCAUUAAAACACAUGUUCUGAAAUAUUUCCUUACCUUGACACUGCCUUGACAAGUCCACAGUAAGGCGAUGGCGCCCCCUGCAGGCUUAGUGCAUUUGUCACUCCUGUAUGUUUUUGGUUUGUUUUUUGCUUCUGUUUGACGAUGGUCGAACGUGGAAUUAUGCCGAGGAAAACGGACGAUGUGGAUUUAAGAGGAAGGACUUUACUGAAGGAGGGAACUCUUAUUACCUGUCUGUGUGACUGACCGUGAAGUACACACGCAAACAGCUGGUGUGUGUGUGUGUGUGCCUGUCAGUCACGACCUGAUCAUGUUUUUGUAAAAUAAAAUCAU